AUGAAAGGGAAAUCUUUUCCGAUAAUUACAAUAAUCGGACAAAAGGGAGUUGGUAAAACUACUUUUUUCCGCCAAAUAACAAAAAAAUACUCAACUUUUUCUAAACAAAAGUCUUCUCCUCUGGUUAACUAUGUUGAAGAAUUGAUUAGCAUUAAAAAUAAUACUUAUAAAUUAGUAGAUACUCCCGCUUUUAUCCUGUCUCCCAAAACUGAAAUUGAAGAAGAAAUAAGAAAACAAACCGAGGAAUUACUAAAAAGGAGUUUAGAAGCAGAGGAGGAUAUACAUUCUCACCACGUCUUAAAACUAAAUCGUUUUCUUUUCGUAGGGGUUCUUGAGGAAAUUAAUUUCGAAGAAUUAAUGGAGAUGGUGAUUAACUUUAUACCUUCUCCUGAUAGUGAAAAGGUAGUUAAGGACAAAAAUUUGGGUCUAACCAUUUUCGGACCGCCUAAUUCAGGAAAGUCAACUUUAAUGAAUUAUUUGUUAAGAGAAAAUCGUUCGCUUGCUACUCCCAUUGCUGGUACUACCCAAGAACCAGUAGUUAGUGAAAAACACAAUAAACCACUUAUUAUUAUUAUCAAUAAAUGCGAUUUAGUAGCGGACCGAAAGUUGCUAAUGGAGGAGUUAAAAAACCGUCUAAAAUCGUUGAAGUAUGUUCCAAUAAUUUAUGCUUCUGCUCUAAAAGGAAUAGGGGUGAAGUCUUUGCUAAAAACUUUGGAAAAAAUGCUAGAACAGUCCCAAAAAAGACUUUCUAAAGGAGA